GAAUGAAGAAAGCAAAGCUAAUAUUUGUUCCGUCAACAAGUAAAGGCCAUUUGAUCCCAGUUCUUGAAUUCGCAAAGCGUCUUGUUGAUCACGAUGAUCGGAUUUCGAUCAGCGUUGCUUUUGUUAAAUUGCCUUCCGAUCCUUUUGCCGAUGCUUAUAUCGAAUCGGUCAAGGCCUCAAAACUUGAUCCAAUCGAUUUUAUCGAUGUUUCUCAACAACAACAUUGUCAUUCGAUUGUUGAUAAUCAUUCGCAGUCGAUCCAAGAUCACGUUAAUGUCGUCAGGGAAAUACAUACGCCGCUUUUGAAAGACUUUGUCGUUGACCUUUUGUCGAGAUCAAGAUUGGAUUCGGUAACAUUUGUAGGGUUCGUUUUCGAUUUGUUGUUUGUAUCACUGGUCGAUGUUGCUCGUGAAUUUAACGUCCCUUCGUAUAUAUUUUUAACAGCUAAUGCAGGGUGUUUGAGUCUUUUUUUCCACUUGAUGACUCGACAAGGUGAGAUUCGGGGUAGCCUCGAGUUUAAGCAGUCCGAUCCCGACCAACUGAUCCCGGGAUUUAUCAAUCCCGUUCCUCUCAAUGUUUUGCCUUCGGCUUUGUUUGACAAGGAUAACGGUUAUCCUUUGCUUAUGAUGACUGCUCAAAAGUUCAAGGCUGUCAAAGGAAUUGUGGUUAAUACAUUUGAGGAGCUUGAACCUUAUGCUAUUAGUAGUUUCUCUGAUCACGGAAAUCCCCCGGUUUACCCCGUUGGGCCGGUGCUUGAUAUAAAUUGUAAGCUUCAUACUAAAUUCGACUUGGCUCAACAUGAAAAGGUGAUGAAAUGGCUCAAUGAACAGCCUCAAUCAUCAGUGAUAUUUCUUUGUUUUGGAAGCUUUGGGCAUUUUCUUGCACCCCAAGUCAAAGAAAUAGCACUUGGACUCGAGCAAAGUGGAUACAAAUUCUUAUGGUCCUUGCGCGUGCCACCACGAAAUGAUGAUUCGGAAGGCGUUCAUUGCAGUGAGGACAUGUUGCCGGAAGGGUUUGUAGAAAGGAUCCAAGGGAAGGGGAUGAUGAUAUAUGGGUGGGCACCGCAGGUGGAGAUUCUAGCUCACAAAGCUAUAGGAGGGUUCGUAUCUCAUUGUGGUUGGAACUCGGUCCUCGAAAGCUUGUGGUUUGGGGUGCCGAUGGUAACAUGGCCUAUGUACGCCGAACAAAAAUUGAAUGCAUUUAAGAUGGUGAAGGAAUUAGAGUUAGCAGUGGAACUAAGACUCGACUACGAACAACUUAAUGUCGACGACGUCGUGAUGGCUGAUGAGAUUGAGAAAGCGGUCAAGCAAGUAAUGGAUGAACGCAAUGAGGCUCGGAAGAAAGUGAAGGAAAUGGCUGAAAUUGCUAGGAAAUCAAUUGUUAGCGAAGGGUCUUCGUUCCUCUCAAUUCAAAGAUUGAUCAACGAUAUGAUAAAUAAUAAUUAAAUUGGUGUCACCAUUCAAUCGGGUAUUAAUUCGGUUACGAAAUUAAAAAAGUACCAAUUUAUUUUAUAAAAUAAGUUAUAUUAUUGCGAGAGUGUAUUUAUCUUUUUCAUACUUUUGUAAAUCAAUAAAAAUCAUACGUUAUGAGAUUUAAGCUUAAGACAUAUAUAAAAUAUCCAUUUGUCUUUAUACAAA